ACAUGCGCGCUGCAGCUCGGACGGAGUGAAGCGCGCUAAUGGCGGAGAAUGUUCGGUCGCCGUUUGACUACCGGGAGCCGCCGACCCUGGACAGCGACGGGGACGGGAGCAAGCCUCCGCCGCAGGGGCGAGUGUGUGGGAGGAAGAGGAAGGGGACGCCGGUGAAGGUGUGUGACCGGGCAUAUGUGACAGAAGAUGAGGAGGAGGAGAGCAUGUCAGAGCACAGCUACAGCCCAGGUGAAGGUCAGUAUCCAGAGGGGGCCGAGGACCGCCUCCCCACACCUGGCAGCCCGUACUACCUGCCAGACCCCGCCCAGCUCUGUGUACCAGAGCUGGGGGAGGAAGGGGCGAGUGGCGUCCGGGGGCCGGUCCUUUUCCACCCCCCCCCAAACUGCCGCAUCAGAGAGGUGCAUUGUGGGACGCAGGUGAGGCUGGUUGUCAUAGCAAUCCGAGACAUCGCCAAGGGAGAGGAGAUCACAGUGGACUACAGCCUGACGGAUUGGGGGGAGAACGCCAUGGAGGAAGAGGCGGGCCCUCACCCUCUGUCCCUCUCUGUCUCUGAUUACCUCACCCCCUCGUGGUCCCUGUCCCCCUCCUCUUCCCCGCUCACCCACUCUGAGCCUAGCGACUCGGACCGCGAGGAGGACGAGGAGGAGGAAGACGACGACGAUGACGACGACGACGAAGAGGAGGAAAUGGAGGAGAUGAGGGGCCGGAUGCUCCGCCGCCGUAAGAAGCGAAAGCUCACCGCGGAGGUCACGACGACGAAGAAGAAGAGCGAGCCCCCCUGCUCCUCCUUCACCCACCCGCAGCCCGCCACCCCCCCUGCCAGACCCCAGACCCCGCACUGGCCCCCCACCACCGAACAUCAACAACAACAUCAACAUUAACAUCGGCAGUUCUUCUGGAGGGGGCGCGCAGUGAGCCGGCGGCCAGCACUGCCCGUAC